UAUUGUAGCCUUAUGAUUGACCUUGCUGAAGUUCAGAAGCAACAGCUUGUUGAUCAGUGGUUCGAUUUGGAUGAGGUGAGCGUUGGAAAGCUGCACUUGAAGUUCGAGUGGCUCUCUCUGCUGUCAGCGGCCGAGAAGCUGCCAGAGGCAAUGGCCAGCACCAAAGCUAUUAAAGGAACAGCCAAUGAUGGGCUUUCCUCUGCUUUACUCAUCAUCUAUCUCGACUCUGCCAGGAAUCUCCCACGCAAUCCAUUUGAAUUUAACCUUGACGGCUUGAAGAGGGCUAAUAUUUCCAAAUCACUGAAGGUAAUCUGAUAAUCAUUUACUAAAGCCCACACAGAGUCAACCGGGAUGAGAAAGAAGGUUUUAAGUUUAAAUUCAGUAUCUUCAUUGAUGUGAUGCAAGAGA